UCUAGGCCUUAGAAACAGAAGUGACCCUUUGCUGCUGUGAAUCAAUAGCCUGGACUAGAUUGGGGUUGGGUUGGCAAAGGUAUAUAGUCAUUGCUGUAGUCCAGUAUUCCUGCCCAAACAAUCACCAUUAGUAGUCACGUUGCUCAGAGAGGGCCUCUCGGCUCUCCCCACCACUGCAUGCUGGAUUGUCUGCCACCAGUAGAUCAGAGUUGGCAAAAGGGAUAACUCGGGAUGAAACAUUUGAGCAUUUUGCAGUUUAGAGAAACUUCAGGGGUGCUGCUUUAGUAAAAAAUGGAAGACUUGCAUUUAUUAAAGGUUAGUAAGAAGUGAAAUAAUGUAUGCAAAAGUACAUUAUAAAUUAGAGAAUGCAAUAAAGGCAGAAACUAUUUAUUUAUUGGUUGCUCUGCCCUUUACCUAAGUGGUUUUUGAUCAUUUAACAAUGUGUAAGAGCUGGGUUUUGCCUCCAUUUUAUGGAUGUGGAAAUAGGGCUUGGAUGUUAGCUAACUUGCCCAAAUCUUACAGCUAACAGAAAGUGGUACUCCCGAGAUUCCUACCCAGGUUUGUCUGACCUCAGGCCUGUGUUCUUUAUAUGAGUUCAUGCUAACUCUCAGAUGAUGUGCUAGGCACAAAAAUUAGAUAUUACACCAAUUUCCACUAUAGUUAACAUUCUAUCUAAAUAUAAAGUGGGACCACGGUCUUAGAUGAAUGUGGCUGUUGAGAGCGGCAAUAAUCCAGAAUGGCUACUCUGAUCUAUGUUGAUAAGGAAAUUGGAGAACCAGGCACCCGUGUGGCUGCUAAGGAUGUGCUGAAGCUGGAGUCUAGACCUUCAAACAAGGCCUUAGAUGGGAUAUCUCAAGUUUUAACACCACGUUUUGGCAGAACGUUCAAUGCUCCAUCAGCCUUACCUAAAGCUACCAGAAAGGCUUUGGGCACUGUCAACAGAGCUACAGAAAAGUCAGUAAAGACCAAUGGACCCAGAAAACAAAAACAGCCAAGCUUUUCUGCCAAAAAGAUGACCGAGAAGACUGUUAAAACAAAAAGCUCUGUUCCUGCCUCAGAUGACGCCUAUCCAGAAAUAGAAAAAUUCUUUCCCUUCAGUCUUCUAGACUUUGAGAGUUUUGACCUGCCUGAGGAGUGCCAGAUUGCACACCUCCCCUUGAGUGGAGUGCCUCUCAUGAUCCUUGACGAGGAGGGAGAGCUUGAAAAGCUGUUUCAGCUGGGCCCCCCUUCACCUGUGAAAAUGCCCUCUCCACCAUGGGAAUGCAAUCUGUUUGCAGUCUCCUUCAAGCAUUCUGUCGACCCUGGAUGUUGAAUUGCCAGCUGUUUGCUAUGACAUAGAUAUUUAAAUUUCUUAGUGCUUUGGAGUUUGUGUGUAUUUGUAUUAAUAAAGCAUUAUUUAACA